AUGUCUUCUGCAGCCACUACAGAUGCUGGCAGGAAAGCUGUGAGCAAAUAUGGUACAGACUUUUAUUUCAUCGCACAAUCGUCGCAGAUCGUACCCGCAUGCCGUGUUCUCCCAAUAAAUGUCACGGAUGUAUCAGAAACUAUCAAGAUUGUUAGGGAAACUGGAGCUACCUUUGCCGUUAAAGCGGGAGGACAUUGCCCAUAUCCUUCCGGGACCAAUGCUGAAAACGGCAUUACUAUCGAUCUAAGCCGUCUGAAGGACAUCACGGUCUCUGAUAACCGCAAGUCUGUUGCUGUUGGAGCCGGCUGCAGGUUUGGAGAACUCUACCAGAAGCUGGAGGCUCAUGGUCUUGGAUGUGUUGGUGGCCGAAUUUCUAGCGUCGGUGUUAGUGGGCUUACUAUGGGAGGUGGUAUUUCUUUCUUUUCCAGCGAAAGAGGGCUUGCUUGCGACAACGUCAUCAGCUACGAGCUUGUUCUUGCCAAUGGCGAAGUUCUAAAUAUCACCAAAAAGUCUCUCCCUGACCUUUUCUGGGGAAUGAGAGGAGCCGGUAUCACAUUUGGCAUUGUCACUCGUCUUGAGCUAAAAACAUUUGAUCUUGGAGAAAUAUGGGGUGGCGCCAGUGCAUUUGCUCAUGAACAUGAGACUGCUAUUUUCGACGCAUUUAAUAAAUUUGUACACACCAAUCAAGAUCCCCUCGCUGAGGCAUUUCUCCUAGUUACUGAUAUGGCUAGAGAUGGUAAUAGUGUGUAUACUAUGGUCAUGUCUCACAGCAAUCCUCAAUCCGAGAACCCCCCGGCUUUUGAUGAUUUUAAGCGUCUCACUCCCCUUUUCUCAUCGACUCAAACGCGCACCUUGAAGAAUUUUUGCGACGAGAUGGAUAGCCAAAAUGAAUCAGGCUUCAGGUACCGGACUACUUCCAUGUCUGUGAAAUGUCAUCUAUCAACGCUGAGGCAGAUUGCUGCUAUCCAUGAUGAAUCUGUGGCUCUUUUGAAGGAUUGUGCUGGCUUCGUGCCCUAUUUAUUGUACCAGCCAUUGCUCGAGGCUAUGCUUCCAAAAGAUGAUGUUGGCAAUGCCUUGGGAAUUAAGCCAGAAGACAUGCCUCUUAUAGACAUUUCGCUGUUAUGGAGGUGGACCGACAUUCAACAUGAUAAGCACAUCUCGCAGGUUGCCGAUCAGUUUGUGGAAAAGGUUGAGAAGGCCACUCGGGCCAAUGGCACAUUCCAUAGGUACCAAUAUCUCAACUAUGCAGCUGGCCACCAGGAUGUAUACGGCGGGUAUGGAGAAGAGAAUAGGAAGCGACUGCUGGAGAUCAGUUCAAAGUAUGACCCUGAUGGGCUGAUGCCGAAGCUGCGUCCAGGUAUCAUCCAAUUAUCAGGUUCCCAGAAGGUAUAA